AUGGAGCCUUCGUUUCCUCAGUUCAGCCUCCUACCGGCCGAGCUUCGUUGCAAAAUAUGGCGUCUGGCUACACCGCCUCGCAUCGUUCGAGCAAGGAUAAAAUUAGACCUAGAAGCAUGGAAUAAUGCCACGGAGGCAGAUUGGAUGGAUGUUCACUAUCGUGUUGUGUUCGACGGUCAGGCACCACCACUUCCGCUCCUAGUCUUAGUCAGCCACGAGGCGAGGCAUGAGAUCCUAGAGAGCUAUCGCAACCCGCUUCAAAUCAGUGGAGUUGCUUUGAGACAGGCCCUAGGGGCACAAUCAGUAGAUGAUACAGCACUUGACACUAUGUGCGACAGCUCCAGAAUCUUGAGGUUCAACCCGGAGUGUGAUGUGCUCGAAUGGAUGGAACCAAGACGCUGGGUUGAUAUCUUUCGCAAGCCAAGUCCAUUAUUUCUAGCAGCGUGCUUAUCGUCAGUAAGGCACGUCAGCGUUGAAUAUCAUAGUCGAAUUUCUACGGAACUUGAUCUCCUAAGCCUAGCUGUCCUAGAUCAAGAUCAGCCACUCAAAACUUUGACCAUGCUCUCUUUACAUUCUAUAGAAAAUCGACCAUUGGACUAUAGAUGUCUUCGGUAUCGUCUUGCAAAGCGUUCAUCCGGUCCUGAGGCCAUUCUUGGAGAAGAAGGGACAGCGGGGGAUGUUCAACACAUCCUAUCACGACACCCUACGUGCUUCCUUACGUUGAGCCAGAGAACUCAAGGCGAUGGGUAUGGCGGCUUUCUCCACAAGGCACACCCUCUUAUCAAUGAAUUGUUGGCUAGAGGUAUUCGGCCUAGGGGUAUGUUGUUGGAGGCCGAGACGGAGCUGAGUUCGAAAUUCGCCAUCUAUGAAGCAUUCGACCCGAGUGAUUUGGCGGACGAGGAAUACAUCUCGUGGCGUGUCUCUUAUAAUAUAGUAGUCUUUGUAUUCGAGUACGACGGAAAUUUUGAGUAUGCUCAGACGGAUUGA